AAUACAAGAAGAUGAAAGAAGAGCUGACAGCGCUCAUUCCGAUGUUCAUCAUGAGAGAGCAGGUGGAUGUGAUCUGCUGUAAAUCAGUAGGAACUGAUCUGUCCAUGCUGGAUAUUGAUGAUUUCAUCACAGAAAUCUCUCAGCUGAAGAAAGAGGUGACGUCACUGAACGCAAAGCUGAAGGAGAGAGAUGACAGGUUACAGGAGCUGGAAAAGGUUUCCUGUCAAUCUUCAGUGUGUGUGACUGAUGGGACCUCCACAGAAUGUCAGGAUUCAGUGUGGAGCGGCAGAGAUCAGUCCACACCACAGCGGCUGCUGGACAAACUCUCUGAACAGAGAUCCAGAGACACACAGGACUCACAGCUCACUUUACUCUGUUCUACUGAUGCUCAGGAGAGUGUGUGUGACAGUAAUCAGGGUGAUCAAACCUCCACAGAGUCUCUGACUUCUGUCUGUAACGCUGGAGAACAGCAGAUGCUGCAGACACCAGUGAAGAUUGAAGUGAAGCAGGAGAUAAAAGAAGAAAACAUAGCAGAGGAAGAACAGAGUGAUGAAGAUGAUGAUGAGGCCUCAACAGAUAAAGAACAGAGUGAUGAAAUUCAUGAUGAACAGCAGAUGUUGCAGACAUCAGUGAAGAUUGAAGUGAAGCUGGUGGAGAUAAAAGAAGAAAACACAGCAGAGGAAGAACAGAGUUAUGAUGAUGAAGAUGAUGAUGAGGCAUCAACAGAGAAAGAACAGAGUGAUGAAGAAGAUGAAGAUGAACAGAAGAUGCUGCAGACACCAGUAAAGAUUGAAGUGAAGCUGGUGGAGAUAAAAGAAGAAAACACAACAGAGGAACAUCAGAGUGAUGAUGAUGAUGAUGAUGAUGAGGCAUCAACAGAGAAAGAACAGAGUGAUGAAGAUGAUGAGGAUUUUAUUCCUUCAGAGCUGAUGGAAGAGCAAGAGGAACAUCAAGAACUGGAUGAAGUGGAGAAACAUCAGUAUCAGAAACAUGAUUUUAUAAUUGGAGAAAUGUCUUUGAGUUGCUCAAAGACAGAAAAUAAUUUCUCACAAAAAAAUCCUCGAAGAAGAGCCCCCAAAAAUACCUUCACCUGCUCUCAGUGUGGAAAGAGUUUCAAAUGUAAAAGCAGUCUUAAUAAACACAUGAGAGUUCAUACUGGAGAGAAGCCUUAUAUGUGCCAUCAGUGUGGAAAAGGUUUUGCAUAUGCAAAUGAUUUCAAGAUUCAUCUCCACCGUCACUCUGGAGAAAGACCAUUUGAAUGUGAUCAGUGCGGUAAAACAUUUGCUGUGAAUGCAGGCCUAAAACAACAUCUGAAAACUCACUCAAAAGAGAAGCCUUACAAGUGUUCUUCUUGUGGAAAGAGUUUUGCACGCCUGUUCUAUUUUAAAGAGCACCAGAACAUCCAUACCGGUGUGGUAGCUCAUAAGUGCUUUGAAUGUGGGAAGACCUUUAUUACAGCGGACAACUUGAAAACGCACCAACGAAUUCAUACUGGAGAGAAACCUUACAAGUGCUCACACUGUGGAAAGAGUUUCAUUCAGUCAGAAAGCCUGAAAUCACACGAGAGAAUUCAUACUGGAGAGAAACCAUACAAGUGCUCACACUGUGGAAAGAGUUUCAUUCAGUCACAAAACCUGAAAACACAUGAGAGAAUUCAUACUGGAGAGAAACCAUACAAGUGCUCACACUGUGAAAAGAGUUUCACUCGGUCAGGCCGCCUAAAAACACAUGAGAGAAUUCAUACUGGAGAGAAACCUUACAACUGCUCACACUGUGGAAAGAGUUACACUCAGUCAGAUAACCUAAAAAGACACGAGAGAAUUCAUACAGGAUACAGCGACGAGCUGACCAAUGAUAUGAAGACCCCGCAGCUCCAGCAGACCGGCCCAGACUUCAUGCCCAGACCCCUGGCAGCGGAUUCGCCAGCCUGUUGGGAAGAACGGAUAGGGUUGGGGACAGCCAACAGGAUGAACAACGGAAGUGGAGAACCGUUUUUGGUUAGGGAGUUCCCCAUUUCCGGGGAACAAGAACAGGAUGAAGGGGGGAGGGAGAGGGAAGAAAUCUCUCAGCUGAAGAACGAGGUGACGUCACUGGAGAAAGAGGUGACGUCACUGAACGCAAAGCUGAAGGAGAGAGAUGACAGGUAUCCGGUAUGCUCCUGCUUGAUUGGGGCGCCCUGUGGCUCAUGUGGGAAUCUUGGAAAUACCCAGGACCACCACAGCUCCAGCAGACCAGCCCAGACUACAUGCCUGCACCUGUGGCAGCAGAUUAACCAACCUGUGGGAGAGAAUGGAGAGGAGCUGAUGGAAGAGCAAGAGGAACAUCAAGAACUGGAUGAAGUGGAGAAACAUCAGUAUCAGAAACGGCAUGAUUUUAUAAUUGGAGAAAAGUCUUUGAGUUGCUCAAAGACAGAAAAUAAUUUCUCACCAAAAAAGCCUAAAAGAAGAGCCCCCAAAAAUACCUUCACCUGCUCUCAGUGUGGAAAGAGUUUCAAAUGUAAAAGCAAGCUCAAUGCACAUAUGAGAGUUCAUACUAGAGAAAAGCCCUUCACAUGCCAUCAGUGUGGGAAAAGUUUUGCAUAUGCACACGAUCUCAAGACUCAUCUCCACCGUCACUCUGGACAAAGACCAUUUGAAUGUGAUCAGUGCGGUAAAACAUUUGCUGUGAAUUCAGGCCUAAAACAACAUCUGAAAACUCACUCAAAAGAGAAGCCUUACAAUUGUUCUUCUUGUGGAAAGAGUUUUGCACGCCUGUUCUAUUUUAAAGAGCACCAGAACAUCCAUACCGGUGUGGCGGCUCAUAAGUGCUGUGAAUACUGCAACCACCACCGGCACUGUGGACACCCACUGCGAGCGCGGCCACUUCAGGGCUCUGGCCAUGUGCUUCAAGAGCUCCAGCUGGACAAACUCUCUGAACAGAGAUCCAGAGACACACAGGACUCACAGCUCACUUUACUCUGUUCUACUGAUGCUCAGGAGAGUGUGUGUGACAGUAAUCAGGGUGAUCAAACCUCCACAGAGUCUCUGACUUCUGUCUGUAACGCUGGAGAACAGCAGAUGCUGCAGACACCAGUGAAGAUUGAAGUGAAGGAGGUGGAGAUAAAAGAAGAAAAUAUAGCAGAGGAACAACAGAGUGAUGAAGAUGAUGAGGAUUUUAUUCCUUUAGAGCUGAUGGAAGAGCAAGAGGAACAUCAAGAAAUGAAUGAAGUGGAGAAACAUCAUGAUUUUAUAAUUCAUAACGCAAUUGGCAAUUCAAAGACAGCAAAACAGCCUCAAAGAAGAGCAGCCAAAAAUACCUUCACCUGCUCUCAGUGUGGAAAGAGUUUCAAAUGUAAAAGCAGUCUUAAUAAACACAUGAGAGUUCAUAUUGGAGAGAAACCAUACAAGUGCUCACACUGUGAAAAGAGUUUUAUUCAGUCAAAGAGCUUGAGAUCACAUGAGAGAAUUCAUACUGGAGAGAAACCAUACAAGUGCUCACACUGUGGAAAGAGUUUCACUCGGUCACAAGACCUGAAAACACAUGAGAGAAUUCAUACUGGAGAGAAACCUUACAAGUGCACACACUGUGAAAAGUGUUUUAAUCUGUCAAAUACCUUGAGAUCACACGAGAGAAUUCAUACUGGAGAGAAACCAUACAAGUGCUCACACUGUGGAAAGAGUUUCAUUCAGUCACAAAACUUGAAAACACACGAGAGAAUUCAUACUGGAGAGAAACCUUACAAGUGCUCACAAUGUGAAAAGAGUUUUUCUCUGUCAAACAGCUUGAGAGCACAUGAGAGAUUUCAUACUGGAGAGAAACCAUACAAGUGUUCACACUGUGGAAAGAGUUUCAUUCAGUCAGAACACCUAAAAACACAUGAAAGAAUUCAUACGGGAGAGAAACCAUACAAGUGUUCACACUGUGGAAAGAGUUUCACUCGGUCAGAAAGCCUGAAAACACAUGAGAGAACUCAUACUGGAGAGAAACCAUACAAGUGCUCACUCUGUGGAAAGAGUUUCAUUCAGUCACAAAACCUGAAAACACACGAGAGAAUUCAUACUGGAGAGAAACCUUACAACUGCUCACACUGUGGAAAGAGUUUCACUCUGUCAAACAGCUUGAGAUCACAUGAGAGAAUUCAUACUGGAGAGAAACCUUACAAGUGCUCACAAUGUGGAAAGAGUUUCACUCUGUCAAACAGCUUGAGAUUACAUGAAAGAAUUCAUACUGGAGAUAAACCUCACAAGUGCUCACACUGUGGAAAGAGUUUCACUCAGUCAAGCAGCUUGAGAGCACAUGAGAGAAUUCAUACUGGAGAGAAACCUUACAAGUGCUCACAAUGUGGAAAGAGUUUCACUCUGUCAAACAGCUUGAGAUUACAUGAGAGAAUUCAUACUGGAUAGUCUUGUCUAAUUGGUUGUUGCACAAGAUGACGCUUGUUAGCUUUCACCACACGACUAUGUGCAUGUUUAUGUCUGAUUGUAUGAGUGCUCAUUGAAACUGAGUGAGAACACACGGUGUGAUCGCGGUGUUGCUUUGAGGAUAAACUUCCAAAGGAGACCUGGUUGAGACCAGCAUGAGCGUGUUUAAAAGUAAAGAAAGAAAUGAUGGUGGUUUAUCAUUGACGAUAGAUAACAUUCACUUUACAUUGUUGUGUGCCUCAACCAGCAGCGACGAGCUGACCAAUGAUAUGAAGUAAAUAGUGUUAAAAUUGUAGGUAACACUUUACAAUAAGGUUCUGUAUGUCAACAUGCAAUAGCUAACAUGAAAUAACUAACAAUACUUUUACAGCAUUUAUUAACCUUCAUUAAUGUUCAUUUCUAUCUACAUUUACAUGGGGCAUAUGAACUAAUGGUUUUUUAACAAUGAACAAUAUAUUUAAAUGAAACAUUAACCAAAUGCAUUAAGCAAUGUUUACGAAUUGAACAUUAUUGUGAAGUGUUACCAAAAAGUUGCAUGUGUAAUCAGACGUAAGACACAAACAGAAAUUGUAACUUUAUAACUGUUGGUUGUUGUCCAACAGAGGAUUAAUGUGACCUUAUUUACUCUACAGUUGUAUAUUCAACUUCAAAUUGUGUAUCUUACUGAAUCUGUAUCCAAGCCUAGCAUUAUUAAUUCUUUUCACAGAAACUUAGAUGAGCUACUGAAGUUUAUUAUCGUUCUUACCUUCAUAGUCAUCGAUGUAACUGCGUACUUACUGUAACAUGUUGACAUGUUGGUUAUGGUUUAAUUCUAACUGAUAAGAGAAAUUUGUGUUCUGUAUUUUACUGGGUUGUAAUGUCUUGCAUUGAUAGCUGUUACUGAAUGUUUAGUGUAUUGGGGGAGACCGUGAAGAAGGGGUUCACCGCUGUUUUUAAGUUACUAGAUCACAUCUUAUUUUCACAACUCGUGUUUUCUGGAGUACGUUGUUCUGUUAGAUUUUUUCACUUUUGGAUGAGCAAUCCCUUUCAAGACUCUGAUCCACAUUAAGGUUGUUGGUAGAGUUGUUAAGAUGUGAAUGAACCUUAUGUUGUUUUUUCUUGAACCAUGUGAACCAGACUUUAUGCUUAUAUCUUUAUGCUUAGGUCUGGAUACACAAGACUGAGGCUGAUUUGGACCUC